UCCAGUCUAGUCUCAGCUCGUCGUCUUCAUCGAUUGGGACUCGCAGAGAGAGAGAGAGACAGAGAGGAGAGAAAAUGGCGUCGAACGCAGCAGUUCCGUUCUGGAGGGCGGCAGGGAUGACGUACAUAACCUACUCGAACAUAUGCGCGAAUCUGGUGAGGAACUGCCUCAAGGAGCCGUACAAGACCGAAGCCCUGACCCGCGAGAAGGUCCACUUUUCCAUCGCGACAUGGAAGGAAGGGAAGCCUGAGAAGCCCGUGAUUCGUUCAGACACCCCAGAAGAGUGAUAGAGUCAUCGGAUCGUCUUAAAGGAAGUCGGCUUCUUUAUGAAGGUUUAUCUCGUUUCAGUUCCGUAGAUUUGUCACUGCAUGUCUUGAUGAUGCCUGGACAGAUGAAAUUUGUACUUUGUGGAUUUGGUUGGAGCUUGGAAUAAUGUAAUCAGUGCCGUCUCAUUCUCAGAAUGCAGUGAGAUUUUUCAACACUCCCUUCCAGAGUUGACUCAAGCCUGUUGUCCUACUGAUUAUACCCAUUGAACAUUUAUCUCACGCAUACCAGCACUUGCACAACUGGAAGAGCGUUUUCGACCUA